AUGGAUCUUUUAAAAGAUGCUGCUAAAAAUUUAAAUUUAUAUGAAGUUAAAGCAUAUGUUAGAAAAGCACAAAAUGGUAUGUAACAAGUCAGGUUGUUGGUAAGGAUGCAACGCUUAUCACACUGAAAGUAAAGAUGCAAAUAAAUUGGAUACUAACAAAUUGUUUAGUCGCUAUGAAUCUCACUGAGAUUGAAUCAAAAGUUAGAGAAGCAACAAAUAAUGAACCCUGGGGUGCUUCAUCAACAUUAAUGGCACAAAUUGCAUCAUGUACUUAUAAUUAUCGAGAACGUGAAGAAAUUGUUGCAUUUAUAUUUAGAAGAUUUACCGAAAAAGCAGCCAAUGAAUGGAGACAAAUUUAUAAAUCAUUACAAUUAUUAGAUUAUUUAGUUAAAAAUGGAUCAGAAAGAAUUAUAGAUGACGUAAGGGCCAAUUUAUCAUUAAUUCAAAUGUUAAAAUCUUUCCAUUAUAUUGAUUCAAAGGGAAGAGAUCAAGGAAUUAACGUUAGAAAUAAAGCAAAAAAUUUAAUCAAUUUAUUAAAUGAUGAUCAAUUAAUUAGAACUGAACGUAAAAAAGCAAGAGCAAAUCAAAAAAAAUUUGGUGGUGUUUCAUCAGCUGCUUUUGGUGGUGCUUCAUCAAUUAGUAACCAUGGAAGAAUUGCUAGUUCAUUUACUGAUGAUGACGAAUUUGCAAAUAGAGUUUAUGGAGAUGGUGGUGUUUAUGGUGAAAGAUACGAUGAUAGUGCAAGUGCUUAUAAUAAUGGAGCAACUGGAAGUAAUGAAUUUGAAGAAUAUGAACCGGGAAAUUCAAAUACUUCUAAGGCUACUAAUAAAGUUUCUAAAGUUACUGCUGGUAGAUCUUCAAGUCCAAGUAAAUCUAAACCACAACCAAAAGAACCACAAGAUGAUUUAUUAGGUGAUUUAUUAUCAUUUGAUAACGAAAAUAAUAAUAAAAUGCAAGAGACUAAUAUUGAAGAUGACGAUGAUGAGGAUGAUUUUGAUGAUUUUCAAGCUGCUCCAUCACAACCUCAAAAACCAAAUAUUUUAAACAAUUUAAAUAAUGCAUACCAUCCACAACAACAACAACAACCAAUAUUUCAAUCUCAAAAUUCAUUCAAUUCAACUCCAACACAAGCUAAUUAUCAUUUCAAUUCUAUUACUUCUACUCAAUCAUCGGGUCCAUCAAAACCAAGUACUAAUAAUGAUGCAUUUUCUUCAUUAUUUUCAUCUGCAAAGACAAAGACUAAGACAAGUACUCCUAAUAAAUCAAUAUCUACUCCUUCAACCGCGACUAGUCAAACAAGUAACAAUAAUAAUACAAAUACUACUAUUGAUGAUGAUUUCUUUGGUGAUUCUAAUUCAAAUUCAAAAUCAAAUUCAAAAUCAAAUACAAACACAAGCUCUACAAAUAAUAACAAUGAUGGUGAAGUUGAUUUAUUAAGUUUUUAG